AUGGAGCUGGUCUAUGUUCUAAGCAAUUUGGUUGCCUGGUACUGGAGAGACAUCCUCAAGAUCAUCAUUGAGACACUCGUCAUCUACCUUGUAGUCAAGUUCAGAUACCGUUCGAGCAAGGACAUCAUUGUCUUUCCAAGGAAUGUGAUAGACAGGCUUGUUGAGGAGUUCGAUCCCGACGACCUGGUGAAGGAUGUUCCUAGCGAUGUAAUGCUGCCCGGGGUAUACAAAGAGGGUGCGACAGACCUGGCCAACUUUGAUGUGUUUGGGCUGUCAACAGAAAACAAGAAGGAGGUCAUCGACGUCAUAAGAAAGUACGGGGUCGGAACUUGUGGACCCCGGGGAUUCUACGGGACCCUCGACCUCCAUCUGGACCUUGAGGAGACGAUCACCAAGGAGCUCGGCGCAGAGGCGUCGAUUGUGUAUCCCAACAGUUUCACUGCAAUCAACAGCAUCAUCACAUGCUUCUGCAAGCAGCAGGAUAUUGUGUUCUACCAUGAAGACUCCAAUGAGGCUAUUCUGAGGGGAAUUGAGCUCUCAAGGUCAAAGACCAUCGAGUUUGGAAGUAUCUCCGACCUGGAAAUAAAGCUGGAGUACUUUGGAAACCCAAAUGUAAGGAACUUUGUGGUUGUGGAGGGGUUGUUCAGGAACACAGGAAGGAUUAUAGAGAUCAGAAGGAUACUGGAGCUCAGGAACAAGUACAAGUUCAGAAUUAUCCUCGACGAAUCGUACUCCAUUCCCCUGCUAGACAAAAGGGGCGUGUGUGGAAUGGAGGGUAUAGGGAUCAAGGAGAUUGACAUUGUGAUUGGAUCUUUGUCAGGGGGGCUCUGCAGUAGUGGGGCAUUUGCAACAGGGACCCACUCCACUGCUGACUACCAAAAGCUGUCUGGGUCUUCCUACUGCUUUUCGGCAUCCAUACCUGGAGCCAUGGUCAAGGCAGCUAUACUGAACAUCAGGAGAGAGUUUGACCACGAAGAGCUUCGAGCCAAGGUGAGUGUGUUUCAUGCGAACUUCAAAUCCAAGACAUACGAGAUUGUGUCUUCCGUCCUGUCGCCCAUAAUAAUUGCUGCGAAGAGGAGGGAGAUGAGGAGGUCGAUGCCCAAAGAGAUACUACUGAAGGAGAUUCUGGGAAUAAGAAAUGAGCUUCUUGGCGACAAUGUCAUUGUUGGGUUCAACCACAACCCAUACCCCUCGCUGAGGAUUUGCCUGAAGGCCUCAAUGCCUGAGGAUCAGGUUGCAAGGCUUGCAGUUCUACUGAAUAAAUGGUAA